ACACUCUACUUAUUUCACAGUUAGAUCUUGAAGAGCAUUGCAGAUCUAGGGCUCGGGAUGAAGGUUAUAGCGUAAGGGUUUUAAGAUCGCUUUCGUUACAGGCUUUUGUAGCAGUGCGACAAUGGCGGCUCCGUUUCCUGCUUCCGUGAGUGCUGUUCAGGUUGGAUCGUAUUUCGUUGGGCAGUACUAUCACAUUCUUCAACAGCAGCCGGAUUUCGUUCAUCAGUUCUACACGGAAUCGAGCACGAUGCUCCGUGUCAAUGGGAGCAAGACCGAAACUGCCACUGCAAUGAUGCAAAUUCAUUCACUUAUCAUGUCCCUGAAUUUUACCGGAAUUGAGAUCAAAACAGCACAUUCUCUGGAAUCCUGGAAUGGUGGUGUUCUAGUGAUGGUUUCUGGUUCUGUGCAAACCAAGGAUUUCAAUGGCAGGAGGAAUUUUGUGCAGAGCUUUUUUCUUGCUCCCCAGGAGAAAGGUUAUUUUGUUCUCAAUGACAUCUUUCACUUCCUCGACGAUGAAAAUAUUCAUCAACACCCAGCAGCUACAUUGGCCCAUGGUGAUUUUGAAACGAAACUAAGUGCACCCAAUCCAGCUCCCGAGCCAGAGAAGAAAAUUGCUUUUGAAGUUUCGGAGUAUUCGCUGGGAGCAGAAGUUCAGGCUAUGGAGUUCACGGCUUCAGAUCAUGUGGAUGAAAAUGACACUGUCGACAAGUACAGUAUACCCGAGCCACCUCAACAACUUUCUGAAGCUGAUAACAUAGUGGAAGAAACUCCUGCAGAAGAGCCUGCAGCUUCAUAUCCGGUGGCAGUGAACACUGUGCGGGAUCCCCCACCUGUCCCUGUCGAAGAACCUGUUGGAGAACCCCCAAAACACACAUAUGCCUCUAUUCUACGGGCUGCAAAAGGACAAUCUGCGCAUUCUGUAACUCGUCCUGCUUCUUUAAACAAGAGUGCUCCAGUUGCUUCAGAGCGGUAUCAUGGUCUGGAGCCUAGUCAGCAUUCCUAUCCUCUAUUGUCAGUGGGACCUGAUAGCUCUGGUGCAGAAGCAGCAGAUGAAAUUACAGCACCAGAAGAAGAAGGUGAAGGGAGAUCUGUUUAUGUAAGAAACCUGCCCUCUACAGUGUCAGCUUCUGAUGUUGAGCAGGAGUUCAAGAACUUCGGUAGAAUCAAGCUUGACGGUGUUGUCAUCAGGAACCGCAAGGAUAUUGGUGUCUGCUAUGCGUUUGUUGAAUUUGAAGAUGCUGCUGGUGUCCAAAAUGCAAUUAAGGCAUCUCCAAUCCAGUUUGGUGGACGGCAAGUGCACAUUGAAGAGCGGAGAGCAAACAGCAGCUCAUCUAGAGGAGGAAGAAGGGGUCGUGGCAGGGGCGGCUAUCAGUCCGAGGCCCCCAGGGGGCGUUUUGGUGGUCGGACAUUUGGUAGGGGAAGUGGGCAAGACGGUGUUGACAGGGACUACAGCAACAGGCCAAGGGGGAAUGGUUUCCAUCAGAGGGCCCCACGGGGUAGCCAGGUCUCAAGGAAUGAUGGUUCCAACCUAUCAGAGGCCUCAGCUUCUUAGAUGAUUUCUAGAGAGAGAUUUCAGGUGUAGUCUGCCCUCCUCGAGUACGUUCUUUUUGGUUUUGAGGAAAUAUAUAUUCAUAUAUAUGUUUUUUUGGGAGUGUCAACUCAUUCUAUUGAAUUAGCUGGUGUUGAGAGGCAGCACCCUUUUGGUGCGAUCAUCAUCGUUGUUUCACCCCUCCCCUCCUCCCUCAUCAAUUUGAGGGUUGGUGGUUUUUCGCAAUUACCAGAUACCCUGUUAAGUGUGUUUUCAGAGCCCUGAGGUAGAGGCGCUGGCUCCCUUUAUUAUUAUUAUUAUUAUUAUUUUUAAAUCUUUUAAAUGAAUUAGUUUCUCUGA